AUGUCUAUGUUUGAGGCGCGGCAGAAGGUGUACGCCACUCUGCAUGGCACCUUUCACGCAGCCAUCGUGCAGGAAGUUGCCCUCGACGCGGAGAGCGGGCAGUAUCUCUACUACGUCCACUAUGUUGAACAGGACAGUCGCAUGGACUGUUGGCUCCCCGCCAGUGAACUCAAGGAACGCCGGCAGGGGCGCCAGACAAGCAAACAACAGGCAACCAAGCCCAGCGGCGGCGGCAUCACUACACGAGGCCAGAGCCGCAUGGUCGCUGAACAGGAAGAGGAGACACCGAGAAGUCCAGCAACACCAGCCUCAUCGGCAAAGCGGAGUAACUUGCAGAAUUGCGUAAAAGUCUCUACUACACGGGCACGAAAGGACAGUUCGUUCUUUUGCCGUGCAAAGAAUAUUCACACAAUUUACAUGGGUCCCUAUGAGGUGGACACAUGGUAUUUUUCACCAUACCACCUGGCCCGACCCCAGGUACGACAAGCUCUUAAACAGAACGCAGAACUUUUUGCAGGUGACAAGGAACUUCAACUGCGUCGAGGAGACAACACCAGCGCAUUUCAAACUACUGUGGCUCUAACAUCAUUUGUAUUGCAUAUUUGUCCCUUCUGCCUACAUCCAUUUUCAGCACAUGAGGAUGUGGUACGUCACCUGCGGCUCGUUUGUUCACGGCAUCCCCCAGGAAAUGAGAUUUACCGGGAUCCUAUACGACAACUUGUAGUUCUUGAGAUGGAUGCUGUGGUUGAGCCUGUUUUCUGCGAACAUUUAGCUCUCUUGUCAAAAUUAUUCCUUGAACAUAAGGCACUAGAUCACGAUAUGACUCCUUUUCUAUUUUAUGUGUUGUGUGCUGUGCAACCGCAUGGACUGGAAGUUCUUGGGUACUUUAGCAAGGAGAAACAGUCACCGGAGAUGUACAAUCUUUCUUGUAUCCUUGUAUUACCACAGUUUCAGAGCCGUGGAAUUGGACGAUUUCUUAUUGAGCUGAGUUACGAGUUGUCGCGUCGUGAGGGAAAAAUUGGAUCACCAGAGAAACCAUUGAGUGAUUUGGGUGAAAAACUCUAUUUAGGCUACUGGGGUGAUACCAUCGUCUCCGCCCUUGCACGUGCUAUUGAAGAGAGUCACUGUGUUACACUCGACUACCUUGUACAGGCUACAUUUAUGUCACAGGCAGAUGUUGUGCGAACGUUGCAGUAUCUAAAGCUACUUAAUGGAACUCAGAUUGUUGUCUCGGAGGAAAGUAUUGAGAGAUGUUACUCCAAGCGAUUGCAUCGCGAGCGGAGUGGACAAAAUUACAUUUUCUACCCACAUUUGCUGAGUUGGAAUCCACACAUGUACUAUGAGAUGAAAGAGCAGGAUGUCCCACCUCCUAUCUACGUCACCCGAAGUGAGAUGAAAGAAAAGGAUGGGGAUAGUGCCGUCAAGCGACAACGUAUUCGUUAG